AUGAGUCACGCCAAUAGUGAGAUAUCGGCAGCGGUUCAACUCCUGAGACUGGAGGCCGACAAGUUCACCAUCGACUAUGGCCGAUUCUCUGGCGGCGGAUCACGAACCGCUCAACCCAUCGACCCGAGUGCUCUAGAAGCUACCUCGCAGAGCCUCUUAUCGGCGGGGCUUUGUGUUGCUCGAUACUCUGCCGACCUGAACCUCGGUGAGGAAGCUGCUGUUAUUCUCCGACUGUCCCGCGAGUUGGCGCGGGGAGAUUUGGUUACAACCUGGAAUACGGUGAAGAACCAUGCAGACGCAUUUGAUUCUGCACUGUGCCGUGUCGAGGCCGAGUUGCUUAAAUCCCCGACACGACGGACUGUGGAAGUUACCAAAGAAGCGGAAGGGGUCGCCAUAGAUCGGGCAAUCGCAAACGGUGCAAAAAAUUCCUGGGCCACUUACGAAGAAAUUGACACGGCACGUAAGUUGGCAGAGCGCGGGUUAGAACUACUAACACGAGUUUCGGAUCAUGCUGAUUCGAUCGCUCCCCUCCUCAACCGUCUUGUAGUGACGGGAGCCAAUGUCGAAAGAGUGCAGGCAUGGCUUCAGCAGGUAAUACCGGGAAUCGAGCGCGUCGCCGUGAGGAGUGCGGAUAUCCGGCUGACCGAAGAACAAGAGUCAUUCUGGCAGUGUAUACGAACAAUUGAGCGUUGCUGGACUGGCGCGAGGCCACGGCCAUUCGCCAAUUACGAUGCAGCGGACUACCGCUACGCGACUGCGCAUGCGGCGGUCACACAGUGGGCAAGCGCGUUUCAACACUGGGUAACUCGAUACGAUGAGAGUUUCGAAAAGGUCGGGUACGAGAGUGCUGAAAUGAUCGCGCAGGCGGUUUGCCAGUUUCAGCUAAGGCCGGGCGAAAGCCAGAAUCUUGCCCUACAGGUUGUCGAGGAAUGGCGAGCAGCACACGACUUUCUUGAUCAACAGCCAGCAUCGCCCGCGACACCCGAACUGCGCAAGCCUCCGGCGACGCCGCUGAAUGUCUGGGCCACCCGCCUGGUGGUGAGUGGUCCAACUAUUGUCACUUUGGACGGGACGCCUCACUCCGUAUCAGCGGACUCUGCCGCUCUUUUUGCCGCCAUGAUACAAGCGUAUCCGGUUCCCGUUGCAGCUAGAGACUACAACAGCAAGCCGGACCGCAUGAAGGCAACGUGGCCUCAGGCGCUGCAGGCGAUCAUUGCCUCCGACAAUAAGGGCUACCGGCUUGUGAACCCUGUCGAAUACCCCGACGCCAAGCGUCUGGGUUUCGCGAUGCUCACCGUUUCUCCCGGCGACGUUCUGUUGCCCGUAGCGACCGCCGUCGAGAAGGCGAUCGGCUACCGACCCCACCCGACAACCUGCACACGUUGGACCCGUACUGGUGUCCGCGGUGUGAAGCUGGCGACCGUUGUCGUCGGCGGCCGGCCCCGCACGACCGAGGCGGCCGUUAUCGAGUUCGUCGAGGCGCAGACCGCCAAAGCGGCCCCGCCGCUACCCAUCUUCCCUGAGCGGGUUCGAUCCCCGUCCGGUCCAUUCCUCUGGACUCUGAACAGAGGGGGUGACGACGUGAACCAUCCCACCAACGCCCGAAAAGGGACCGCCGGAAGAAAAGGCGGACUAGACCGACUUCACCACGCCGCGCCGACCGACCUCCUCCCGUCGCCGGAGAACGACACGCUGUACCGCGCCGUGCUGCCGACCGACAAGGCGGUCGUCGAGCUGGCCGACAGCAUUCGCCAGCGGGGCGUCGUCGAGCCGAUUCUUGCCACGGCCGACGGCUAUGUCGUGAGCGGCCACCGUCGCCGCGUCGCGGCCAUCGUGGCGGGCGUCGAGGCCGUGCCGGUCCGCUACCUCGCCGAGCGCCGCGACGACUUCACGGACGACCAGUACGUCGCGCUGCUGCGUGAACACAAUCGGCACCGGGUGAAGUCGAUCGCCGAAGCGCUGCGCGAGGCGGUCGUCGAUGCCGACCCGGAGCAAGCCUAUAUCGACCUCCUCGGCCAUCGCGAGCCGGUCGAGCCCGAUUGCCUAACGGCCGUGAAUAUGUCGGGCAUCGUGCGGCGCAAGCGGAUCAGCGCGGCCAAGUCGGCGAUGGUCGCGGCCGUGCUAAAGGUCCUCCAGCAGCACCGCCGCUAUCUGCCGAUCAACGACCGCAAGAUUCACUACGAACUGGCGCAGCACCACCGGCCGCUAAGGCACACGCGCAAGCCGUCGUCGCACUACGCGGCCGACAAGCACAGCUACAAGGACCUCUGCGACUUGCUGACGCGGAUGCGGUCAGAGGGGAUCAUCCCUCACGACGCUAUCAGCGAUGAGACGCGCCCCGUGUCGGUCUGGGAGUGUUGGAACAACGUCGAGGAAUUUAUCGGCGGCGCGGUCAACGGCUUUGCCCGCGGCUACUGGCGCGACCUCAUGCAGUCGCAGGAGGUCCACGUCGAGGUAGCGGUCGAGAAGAAUACGGCCGUGAAGGUCGUCGCCGAAGUCGCCAUGCGGUACACGGUCCCCGUGACCUCGCUGCGCGGCAUGACUUCGAUGCCGACGAAGUACCAAAUCGCCGAGCGGUUCAAGGCGAGCGGCAAAUCGCGGCUGGUCCUGUUGUUGGCGACCGACUUCGACCCGACCGGCGAGUCGAUUGCGGAGAAUCUAGCGAAGGGACUGCGCGAUGAGUUCGGCGUCGAGGACCUUGCGGCCUACAAGAUAGCCGUGACGCCCGACCAGGCGGUCGAGUUGGGAACGGUCCAGAGCGUCGAGGGAAUCGGACUUAAAGCGGGAGACGCGAAGGCGAAGCGUUUCCGCCAGCGUCACGGCGACGACGUGGUCGCCUACGAACUAGAGGCACUGAGUAUCGACGACCUCCAGCGGCUGACGGCUGAGGCGAUCGACGCGGUUCUCGACAUCGACCUCCUCAACGCCGAGCGUGAGCAAGAGCGCCGGGACGCGGCCGAGAUUGAAACAACACGGCGACGGAUGCUCCUCGCGCUUGGUGAGACCGACCACGGCGUCGGCGUCAUCUUCGGCCACGUCUCCCGAGGCUUGGCGUCGCGCGACUUCGACGACGUGGCGAGUUAUCACCGGUGGGCGGCCGAGCGUCCCGCGCUGGCGUCCACGCUGCCGACGGUAGCGACGCGGCGCGGGUUCCACGUCUACUGUCAGUUGUGGCCUGAGAGCGUCGAGGAGGCCCGUAGACGCCUUGGUAAGCGCGAGGACGGUCGAGGAGCCAUCGACCUCGGAAACGGCGAGCUACGGGCCGGUGUGGGCUGCUACAGCGUCCUCCCACCGUCAACGCACCCCAGCGGCCACGUCUACGGCUGGUCCGUCCCGUUGCCUGUUGGUGACCUUCCUACGCUGGACGCUUGCGACGUGGGAUUCUGCGACUUCACGGAAGCCGAGAGCGACGACCGUUUUCAUUCCAGUAACACAGAGGACACAGACUACACAGAGAACACAAGCAAUGUCGGCGAAGGCAAGGGAGAGAGCACGAUCGGCCCCAACGGCUUCGAAGUUGCUCCGGUUAUCGAGCUGACCGCCGAGGAGGCGAUCGUCGGUUCCCUGCCUACCGGACCCGGUCAACGCCAUCGGCAGGUUUUCGAGUUCGCCCGCCGGUUGAAGGCUGUCCCGUCACUAGCAGACCAGCCGGGGAAGUCGCUGCGGAAGUACGUCGAGGCGUGGCACCGCCGCGCCUACUUAGCGAUCGGCACGAAGCCAUUCGAGGAGACGUGGAUCGACUUCCUCAAAGCGUGGGACAAUGUCGCCAGCCCGUAUGGAGGAGGAAUCUUGACCGUCGCUUUCGAGAAGGCGUGCCGCGCGGGACUACCCGACGUGACGCACGACUACGAUCAAUCCGAGGUCCUGCUACUGGCCGGACUCUGUCGCGAGUUGCAGCGAGCCGCCGGCGACCGACCGUUCUACUUGUCGUGUCGCGACGCGGGCCGGCUGCUGGGCGCGACCCACGUCCAGGCGAGCCGUUGGCUUUUCCUGCUGGUGGCCGACGGCGUGCUAGAGGAGGUCGAGAAGGGAGACGUGCGGACCCGGAAGGCGUCGCAGUACCGCUACGUGGGGGACUCCUAA